AGUCGCGUUUUUUGCUCACCGCUUUUUUCGUUCGCCGGCACUAAUCGAGAGCCUGUAAAACGUAUCCUAUCUCCAUAUCUAUGGGAGUGUUAUAUUAUUCCAGGGGAAAAAGUCCUCUGGAGAUUAGUUGCUAGAAUAAGUGUUAAUAAAUACAAUUUUUCUUGUUAAACAGAUUUAACACCAGAAACUUCCACAUCUAAAGCCAAGACUUCCCAGUUGUCAGAUGUCUCAACAAAGUUACCAGAACCUUCUCCAACAGUUUCUUUGACGACCUUAAAAGACGAAAUCACAGCUAACGAGCCUGGGGCACUGAAUCUCCAAAGUCCCCACGAUGUUGCUUUCAAAUGGAAAAUAGCCUUUGGAGUUUGUUUGGCUAUGAUUAUCCUAUUACUGGCAGGAGUGUUACUGUACUGCAUAAACUACCGUGUGAAGAGAGUCCGCCGCUUUAAACCUUCAGCAGAUGAUUCCAGUAGGAUUGCACGGAAUGAAAGGGAACGACAAACGUUCCAGAAUCCCAUUUACGAUGACAGUGAAGUUACUAAAAAUGAGCCAGCGGCCAACCAUGACAACUCUACCUACCAGCUGACGGAGAACCCGGAGAAGAAGAAAAAGAAUGCACAUGGCGGGUGCACGUUCCAGAACCCCGUGAACAGUGCGACAAAAUUCGAUAAUGAAGAACCGACGGUAUGCAGCCACGAUAACCCAGCCUAUCAGAUGACCAGCGAUCUUAACACGGAGACAUAAACUUGAAAGAGCUCCCCAACCUUGAAAGAUGAGACUGACUGUUUCUGUUAGGUAGAUAGGUCAAUUUUGACACCUUUGUGCGAGUUUCUCUUUUACAUUGCCAAUCAAGUAUUGAGUAAGUCUUAGAGAAAGUAGAAAAGCUGAAUAGCCACAAUCCUAUAGCUAUAAAUAGCAUGUCUGUAGCUCGUAACUCUUUAAACGAUUGAUUUAACUUGCUGUAGGCUCCCUUCGGUUAUAGUUGCAAACAUACUGAAUGGA